AUGUCAGCAUUAUCUGAUUGGCAGAAUGCCACACCAUACUCUGCACCAUUUCCUCAAUCCACUUUUCCCAUCCUAGCUUUUUUACUUUUAUUAUCAGGAUUUAUAGUAACAAGUGCAUUUUCAGUAAUAUCAUCAAAGACAUCAUUGAUCAAAGAAUUUUCUACAGCAAUUCCUGCUUCUCUUUUGCUGGGCUUUGGAACUUUGUUCUUGUUUAUGGCUGUUGGGAUUUAUGUAUAA